GAAAAAAAGUGGUCAGCUAUUUUUUUAGCUGACAUCUUUGUAUUUUUAGCUGUUAGCCACUGCUGCUAAGUAACUUUUUCAAGGUAUUUCCUGUGUCAAAGUAUACAAACGAGUUGCACGAAGUCCACGCUGUGAACAAGAGCAGUCACGCGACCUUUGAAAAGUUACUAUGGAAGAAGUACAGCAGGGCAGCAAUGGCACUGAGUUGCAGACUGCCACCAUUCCCACCACCAUCACAUCCUCCCAGUUCUCACAGAUAGCCCAACAGAUGUCACUGGGUGGUGGUUCUGUGGCUGUUGUACAGCUGCCAGGGGGUCAGUUUCAGGUUCAAGGAGUGAUCCAGUCUGCACAGUCAGUCAUUCAGUCCCCUCCAGUGCACACUGCACAGGCCCUGGAUUCAGAUAGUGAUGAUUCACAGGACUCUUCAGACAGUGGAGCUGCAGCCCAAAAGACCAGAGAAAUACUGGCAAGACGGCCUUCAUACAAAAAAAUCCUAAAUGAUCUUUCAGCCGAGGAAGUGACACACAUUGAGGGAAAGGCUAACAGUCCAGCAAACACAGGAGUGACAGCAGCCGCCCCACAAAUCUACCAGACCAGCACCGGCCAGUACAUUACCAUAGCUGCAAAUGGCACAAUCCAGCUGGCGACUCCAGGGUCUGAAGGCAUUCAGGGUCUACAAGCUGUCGCCAUGGCCAACUCUGGUGGAGCCCAGCCAAGCACAACCAUCCUUCAGUAUGCCCAGACACCUGACGGCCAGCAGAUACUGGUGCCUAGCAACCAGGUUGUUGUACAAGGUGCAGGAGGAGAGAUGCAAACAUACCAGAUCCGCACAGCACCCACAUCCAGCUCCCUGCCUCAGACUGUAGUUAUGACCUCUCCUGUGGGGCUACCUCAGGGCAAGAGUGACGACCCAACAAUGAAGAGGGAAAUCAGGCUUGCGAAAAACAGAGAGGCAGCUCGUGAAUGUCGACGAAAGAAAAAGGAAUAUGUCAAAUGCCUCGAAAACCGUGUAGCAGUUCUUGAAAACCAAAACAAGACCCUGAUCGAAGAACUGAAAACUUUAAAGGACCUUUAUUGUGUUAAAACAGGAUAACCUGUUUGAAUAGAAGUUGAGGAGUGGGACAUAUUGUGGGAGUGGCACAGCUCAGCCAUUUGGACAUGAACAGGGGUUUCUGGGAACACUUCAUUUCAGGCUGAGAUCCUCCUGUUUUUGUUUGUUUUUUUGUUUUGUUUUUUUACUCUGUUUGAUAUAAAAGUGACUUGUGAUGGCAGUAAGAUAUACUCGGCAAAACAAAAAAAAUGAAAUUGGCCAUUUUUCCACCUGCUGUUUUUUAAAAAUUUGCUAAUGCUAUAACAUUUAUAGUUGUGUACAUUUUUAAUACUGGGAGGUUUGAAAUUGUGAGCUUUAACUUUGAGUCUCAGUUUGUAAAUGUAUCCCUUUCCUUUUUUUCUUGUGUUUUUAAAGAUGUUGCUGUUGGAGGUUUUUUUUUGUUUGUUUUAAUCUUCUAACAGCAUCUGCAGAAUUCUGACUGUAUAAUUACCACACAGACAUAAUUCCUCUUUAUUUUGUGAACCAGCAAUUCCCCUCAUUUCCCCAUAAGGAGAUGUUACAAUUGUCAUUCCUUCUUUUUGUGCAAUGGAAUAUAAAGGGUAACAGAAAAGAUGACAUUGAGUGAGGUUUGUUGGGUUGUUCCUCGGCAGUUACUUCGACAAUCAGGGAAAAAAGCACAGUGUCCAGGUUAUAUUUAUUGUGUACAUCUUGGGAGGGGUGGGGAAAAAGAACAAA